AUGGUGGAGAUUCGUGGGAGAUUCAAGAGAACUGAGUCGGCUUUCAACGUGGCGACGGCGAAGGCACGUCCGAAGUGUGAAAAUAGCAGCAGAAGCUAUCACUCACCGAAGGACACGGCGGAUCUUUGGGAUUUGGUUGCCUCGUUUAUUGAAAUGCAGGGAGAAAAGAAGAGUCCGGAAGAGGAAUUGGAAGGUUCUUCGGACAACGAGUACGAGGAUGUUAAGGAAAGGUUACGGAAGCUUCGAGAAGGUUUAUCCGUCGGCGAAGAUCGGAUGAAAAUAAUGGCCGCGACGGAGGCUACCGGAAAGUUCGUCGGAGAUAUUCUUCGACAUGGUUUUCCCAAGCGUCAACUGAUGGUUCUUCGUGACAAGGGCUUUGAUGCAGGUCUUUGCAAGUCACGGUCGGAAAGAUUCAACAACAACACCGCCGGAAAAUACGAGUACGUCGACGUUCGUUGCGGCGGAGAUUAUAAUCGUUAUAUUGUUGAGACAAAUCUCGCCGAAGAGUUUGAAAUAGCCAGGCCAACGAAGAGAUACACCUCCAUAAUAAGCCAAGUGCCACGGGUCUUCGUGGGAACUCCGGAAGAUCUGAAAAAGCUCGUGAAGAUCAUGUGCCAUGAAAUGAGACGGUCGAUGAAGCAAGUGGGGAUACACGUGCCACCAUGGAGGAGAAAGGGUUACAUGCAAGCUAAGUGGUUCAGUUUUUAUUAGCGAACUUCGACGACGACGAAUCACGAAAUGGUUGAUAAUAUAUAG